GGACAAAGGGGAGGGGGCUCAGCACCCCCGCCUUCCCCAGAAGGACCCAUAAAAGCAACCGAAUCGGGGCCCCAGGCACCACAGCAAGUCUGAAACCUGACAGCAGGACAGCCAGACGGACAGCACGAUGGCCCUGAGCACGCGGAUCCAGGCUGCCUGCCUCCUGCUCCUCCUCCUGGCCAGCGUGGCCAGUGGCUCAGUCCUUCUACACCAGACAGGACAGCUCACAGACCUCCAAGCCCAGGACACAGCUGGAGCCGAGGCGGGCCUGCCGCCCACGUUCCAGCUCCGGAGGCUGAGGAGGCGAGACACCCACUUCCCCAUCUGCAUAUUCUGCUGCGGCUGCUGUAAAACACCGAAGUGUGGGUUCUGCUGCAGGACGUAGAGCGCCCCGGCCGCCCCCCUCCCCGGUGCCCCCUCCACUCCGUAUUUAUUCCUGCCUCGCCCUCCACCCCUCGGUGACCAGACUUGGAAUAAAAUGGCUGGUUCUGUCUGCUGUUUUCCAUA